CAUCCUCUCCUCUCCACGAGACCCCCAGACAUCAUCAAAAUGGCCACGCGAAGCGCCGCCCUCAAGCUCGACUGGACCAAGGUCACCAGCUCGCUGGGCCUUCGCGGCCAGACGGUCGCCUCCCUGCAGGCCUUCAAGAAGCGCAACGAGGACGCCCGCCGCAAGAUCGCCCAGCUGCAGGAGCAGGCCACGACGGUCGACUUCGCGCAGUACCGCUCGACGCUCAAGAACCAGGCCGUCGUCGACGAGAUUGAGAAGCGCUUCAAGGCCUUCAAGCCCGUCACAUACGACGUCAGCCGCCAGCUCAAGGCCAUCGAGGCCUUCGAGGUCGAGGCCGUCAAGAACGCCGAGGCCACCAAGCAGGUCGUCGACCUGGAGCUCAAGGACCUGGCCGCCACGCUGAAGAACAUUGAGGAGGCUCGUCCGUUCGAGGACCUCACUGUGGACGAGGUUGCCGCCGCCGAGAAGUCGAUCGACGAGAAGACCACCCAGCUCAUCUCCAAGGGCCGCUGGAUGGUGCCGGGAUACAAGGAGAAGUUUGGCGACCUGGCCAUUGUGUAAUCGACCCAAGCGUCACGUUACCGGAAUUCCCUUUGUGUACUCUAGCAUUGUAGAUACAAGAACUCGAGGCGGCAGACGUCAGUCUCCGCUAUACCCAAUCCACCGAAACUUUUCUGUGUGUAGAGACGCUUUGGUUCAUAAUUUGGUGCAACUAAAUGUUUACCAUGGUUGGACGCGCAUGCGGUGGAAGUGAAGCCGGAGACCCGGCGACACUGGAGGCAGUGUCGGCUCCUGGCGUCCGCGUAUAUUGCGAGCGGAAAGAACGUAGACAGGCAUCUUCAAACAGGAUGCAGAGGAUUACCACAACUAGUCAGUUUGA